AUGCAGACUGCUUCUACAAACAUUUGUGAAAGACUGUGCAAUAAGUCCAUCCGUGAAAUUUCCUUGUUACUAAAUAUUCCACGGUCAACUGUUAGUAGUAUUAUAGCAAAGUGGAUGAAACUGGGAACAACAGCAACUCAACCACCAAGUGGUAGGCCACGUAAAAUGGCAGAGUGGGGUCAGUGCAUGCUGUAGAGCAUCGUUACCAACUGUUUGCAGAGUCAAUAGCUAAAAAUCUCCAAACUUCAUGUGGCCUACAGAUUAGCAGAACAACAGUGCAUACAGAGCAUCAUGGAAUGGGUUUCCAUGGCCAAGCAGCUGCAUUCAAGUCUCACAUCACCAAGUGAAAUACAAAGCAUUGGUGUAAAGCAUGCCCCCACUGGACUCUAG